AUGGUAACAAAAACGAAGAAGGUUUUCAUCGGUGGACUAUCGGCCUCCUCUACCCUUGAGGACAUGAAGACGUAUUUCGAGCAGUAUGGAAAAGUUGAAGAUGCGAUGCUAAUGUUCGAUAAAGCUACUCAACGUCACCGAGGUUUUGGCUUCAUUACGUUUGACAACGACGAAGUGUCUGACAAGGUGUGUGAGAUUCAUUUCCACGAGAUCAACGGAAAAAUGGUAGAGUGCAAGAAAGCUCAACCAAAAGAGGUGAUGCUUCCUGUACAGCUGAAUAAGUCCCGUGCAGCCGCAGCUCGCAACCUUUACGGUCUUCCACCAGAACAACUCCUUGCAUAUGCUACUUACCUGCCUCGAUUCGGUUAUGGUAACCUGCUCUAUCCCAACAUGACGUCGAGUAUGUCUAAAUUUUCACCUAUUCAUUAUUGGUAA